GAUAGAACACUGACCCUGAAACAUGUAGGCAAUCGGAUGUCGUCCACAAACAUUAAUGUGUCCUCGUAAUAUAAUUAUUACACAUUAUAACAAUUAAAUUGCCGAAACGAUGGAUUUAUCGGUGACAUAGGUUAAAAGUUCCCAACAAAAUUUAGUACAUUCAAAAAUGCCAUUCUUUCAAAUGAUCCAACCCGUUGUUAAUCAAAAGGCAUUUGCCAGCAAAAUAAUUAGUUAUCAACGAAAUAGUCUCUUCGUGCUCCCUCAGCCUGCGAAAAAUAGCCACCGAAUUUGCCUCAAAUCCAAAGCAAUGUUUUUGUUUGGUGCUAUUCCAUGUAUGUGAAACAAAAACAACAUUUUGUUUAAUAACUUACAUAAAAACCAUUAAACUAAAAUAAACAUUAAUUAGGCCGUUAAGUUUGUUUUCACUUUUGAACACGUAGAUUUUAGCUUUGGAUUCAUGAUUUGAGGCAAAUUCGGUGGCUAUUUUUCGCAGGCUGAAGAAGCACGAAGAGACUAUUUCGUUGAUAAGAAAUAAUUAUUUUGCUGGCAAAUACCUUUUGAUUAACAACGGGUUGGAUCAAUUGAAAGAACGGCAUUUCUGAAUGUUCUAAAUUUUGUUGGGGACUUUUAACCUAUGUCACCGAUAAAUCCAUCGUUUCGGCAAUUUAAUUGUUAUAAUGUGUAAUAAUUAUAUUACGAGGACAUAUUAAUGUUUGUGGACGACAUCCGAUUGCCUACAUGUUUCAGGGUCAGUGUUCUAUCACCUUCAUCAUUAAUUAAUUCCAUCAUAAAUGAAGUUACAUCGUCGAUUGUUUGUAACGCAUUCGGAAUAUCAUUGCGCGCACCUUACAAUCGUUAAUGGAAAAUUGCAUCGCCCUGUCUUUCAAUGAUUUACUAUUAUGCUAAGGGAUUGUUUUGUUAUAAGCUGCGAGAAAAAACAAAAUGUUCACCCGAAGUUCUGUUACCUGUCAUUUAUGAUCUCUCUCUAAAAUCGUUUUUGCCUUUAUUAAACUAUAUCCAAAUCUCUUAAAAGAGAAAAGAGACGACCCAGUUGACAAUCUGCAUUUUCGUAGCGAAUAGAAUAUAUAUCUGCAUUGCAUAUUUUCCACAAACGUUAUCAAAAUUCUUAUGAGAUUCAAGACAAGGAACUGGAUCGUUAUAUAUUAAUAUAUUCCUGAAUUCUGAAGAAUGAAAAUGCAGAACAUUAAUCGGUUGAACACUUCUAACCCGACUGUUCAGACCGAUACAGAAACAGUUACACGGACAUUCAGCGACGAAAAGCCUUUAAUUAAUGAAUCUAAAGAAAGGUUAUUAGAUAAAAGGAAUAUUCCUGAAUAUCGCUGUGAGAUUUGUAGGAAAACAUUCUCUUCAGAACAGGAAGUUUUAACGCACAGAGAAAUACACAAAACAGAAAAACUAUAUCGAUGUGAAACGUGUGAGAAAGAUUUUGCUACUAAGCAUGCUUUAAGGAAACACAAAAAAUUACACAGUAAAGAAAAACCAUAUCAGUGUGAAUUAUGUGAGAAAUCAUUCGUCUGUAAAAGUUAUUUAACAAAGCACAAACGAAUACAUACAGCAGAAAAAAAGUAUCGUUGUGAAACGUGUGAGAAAACAUUCUUUGAUGAAUAUGAUCUUGUAGUUCACGUAAGAAUUCAUACGGGAGAAAAAAACUAUCGUUGUGAAACUUGUGAGAAGUCAUUCAGUCAUCGUUUUACUCUGGAAGCUCAUCAAAGAAUCCACACCGGUGAAAAACAGUAUCGUUGUGAAACUUGUGGUAAAUCAUUCUAUCAACGUUCUACUCUUGUAGCUCAUCAACGAAUACACAGUGGGGAAAGGCCUUUUCACUGUGAUAUAUGUGGGAAAACUUUUGUGGUCAAAUCUGAUUUGAAAAACCACGUGAGGGUACAUACGGGAGAGAAACCCUUCACCUGUGAUCUCUGUGGCAAAUCGUUUCAUGUUAAAAGCGGUUUAAAAUUACACAGGAGGAUUCAUAGUGGAGAAAAACCCUACACCUGUGAUCUCUGUGGCAAAUCUUUUACCGUUAGCAGCAACUUAAAAUCACACAUGAGGACUCAUACUGGAGAACGACCAUUCUGCUGUAAAACGUGUGGGAAAUCUUUCAGUGAGAAUUCCAGUCUUGUAGAUCACCAACGGAAACAUACUGGGGAAAAACCGUAUCAGUGUGAAAUAUGUGAUAAGUAUUUCGCUUCUAAUAGUAACUUAAGAGAUCACCGGCGCAUACACACAGGAGAAAGGCCCUAUCGUUGUGAAACGUGUGGGCAGUCGUUUCUAACUAAUUCUAAAUUGGAGAGACACAAACGAAUCCAUAGUGGGGAGAAACCCUACCAUUGUGAGACAUGUGGGAAACGGUUCUCUGAUAGUUCUAAUCUUGCAGGUCACAAAAGGACACAUAUCGGGGAUAAACGCUUCAUGUGUAAAACAUGUGGUGAUUCGUUUCCUGGGAGAUCAAGUCUUGCUAUUCACCAAAGAAUACACAGGGCAAUAAAACCAUGAAACUUUGAAAUCUGUGGAAAAUAUUUUCGAUAAACAGUGAUUAAAAACGAUUCCACAUUGUAGAAAAACCGUUCUAGUGUUCAUAUACACAGUGACAUUAGAGAAAGGCAUUUUCACUGUGAAAUCUUUUAGCACUAAUGGUCCCUUAGAAAGACAAACAAAUACACACAAGCGGAAAUUGUUUUAACAGACAUAUGUAAGGAAAUUUCUUACAGUCCCCCAACAUUGAAGAAUAUCCAUUGUGGUCAUGUGUUGUAAGAAUCAAUCUUUUACAGAUUUUAUCUGAGAAAAAAAGCCUUUAUCUGAACCCUUUAGCACUCACACCUGACAUCUACAUCAGUCACGUGAUUGUUUACUUUUAGAAUGAGAUUGUAGGGUAGGUGUGAGAAGAAGGAGUUUGCUGGUUUCAACAUAAAGACGGAUACAGCUAGUGUAACCCGCUAGCUUUCAGAUUCCUGUGUCAAAUGUAAUGCUUAUUUAUUCGCAUAGUUUUCAAUUAAUCCUGCAUUAUCUCAGAGCUUUGAAAUUUUGAUGAUGUGAUUGUAUAUUUUUACUAUGACAUUGUAGAGCAGAUGUGAGAGGUCAAAUCUGGCCUGUUUGAGCAUAGAACAAGUAGAAUAUUUGGGCGGGCCAGAUGCGGCCAGUUUAAGUGCUGAAGGGUUAAAGUGUUUGGGAAAUCCAUUACUGUGAAUUACAAUGAGAUCCUGAUUAGAUUAGUACAGGGGUUAAUAAGAAAAAUGCAAGGGUAAAGCAUUUGUCUCCAAAAUUUGUGGAAAAUUAUACAUUCAAAAGCCAUGUUAAUCACAAGCAAAUAUGUUCAGAAGAAAAAUAUUCAAAUUAUUUGUUCAGAAUAUUCUUUGUAAAUCUUUUAGCAUUAAUGGUCCCUUAAAAAGACAAAUACAUACAAAAGGAAAAUCUUUUCAUAGCUGAAUGCAAGGAAAUUUCUUACACAACUUCAGUCACUCACUCACACUCUUAGCUGCACUCACCUGGCUCUUGUACUUACAUAUAUCUUCAUCAGUUAUUCCUUCAUAGUAUUGUUUCUGAGCCUAACCAUCAAUAUAAAUGCAGCACGGCUACUUGACAGAGAGCAUUGGGUUAGAGCAGAGAGAACAGUGAAAGACAGCAGAGAUGAGGCAAUGAGUAUCCAUAGACAGAUGCUGACAACAACCACAAUGAACGAUCAGCAACGGCAACACAACGACUCUCAUUUCACUUUCUCACUGUUGUAACAAUAACAUUUCAACUCUUUUGACAUUUUGUCAUUCAUAGCACAGACAUUGCUUAUAUUUUUGUGUAGGAAAAAAAUAAAAUUUUGUCUAUCAAAAAUUG